CGUGCUUCGGCCUUCCCUUUUCUUCUUUCAUUUAAAGUAUUUUGUUCAAGUCAUGCGAUGACUCUUAUUUGAUCUCGAAGCUGUCCAGCAAUUCAUUGACUUUGACGACUCUCAUUCUCAAGCCUUUGCCGCCGGCUAGCUGCCUCCCCUUUCGCAAAAUGCAACCGUAUUUUCGAGAAUCAUCCCGGCGAGCAGCAGCAACUCUAGAAAGAAUCAAUGCUAUACGGGUGCCUCUAUCCCCGCACUGCUCCGCAAAUGAUCGAUAUACGGCAUCUUCGAAGUCCGCAUCACGUCUUGUGCUCAGCAAUCGAAUAUCGCCUUUACGUCAUUACGCCGAUUCCAACUACGGGUCUUGCCUUCUGGCUCGACCAUUCUCCACAAAAAAAGGCCUCUAUCAGCCAGUUGACCGAUACUCUCAGCAAGCCAAAGAUCUCAACCAGCAAGGGCUAGAUGCACAAGAGUCCGAUUUUGAGAAUGCCAUAGCCGAGGAGAAGGAAAAGCAGAUACGAACACCUUGGCACCGCCAGGGCUCUCAACUUCCUCCGGUCAAGCGGCAACGGCAAGCCAGUGCUAUGACCAAAGGCAAGCUGCUUACAACUCCGGCUCGACUACUCAAGUUGAUCCUCCCGCUCACAACACAGGAUAAGAACUCGGAUCGCAAAGAUGUCGAGCCAUUGGCUUUACUCGUCCACCCGCAACAGCCCCUUUCAUAUCUAGAACGGCUGAUUCAAUCAGAACUUCCUUCGAUCAAAACUGAAGAAGGACGCGACAAGGUUCCACGAGUCUGGUUCCGUGCCGAGGAGUCACAGGGCGAUGAAAUGGGACCGGAUAAGAGAGAACCCGAAGAUGAAGGCAAACAGGCAGUGAAGCAAGACGAAUCAAAGAAAUCUAGUGAUGGAAAGGACUUGGACGAGACCAAUAUUGAUGGGGAGGUACAUCGAACAGGGAUCCUAAAGCACUCGUCAAACAAAGCAAAGGAAAUGCGCGGAGGUCCUGGUGAGGGAGGUGUGGAGGCCUACAGUGGCCUUGGACGCGAAGCCCAGUCGCCCCAAGGUGAUGAGAAAAAGUUUGUUCGCUGGUCAUCUUCAACGGAGAUUGGCGAUUUCAUUCGCGACGCAGCCCGAGGCCAGGAGUUCGCCGUUGAGAUUGAGGGUCUUCCAAAGGAGAUUCGUGUCGGUGUACCUUCAUUCAGCGACCGAACAUAUUAUUUACGCAUGAGACUGCGUAAGACUUCCAAAAAGCUUGCAAGCAUGGCCGACAUCAAACGCGAAUGUGAUAUAGCCGCCCAUCGCGGCGGUCAGCGCAUGGCCGUGGCAGGGUUCGGCGUUAUGGCCACAUGGUGGUACAUUGUCUACCGGCUCACUUUUGAGACUGACCUUGGCUGGGAUACCAUGGAACCUGUGACGUACCUGGUUGGACUUUCGACCUUGAUGGGCGGUUAUUUGUGGUUUUUGUAUCACAAUCGGGAAAUCUCUUACCAAUCUGCAUUAAAUCUCACCAUUAGCCGACGGCAGAACAAGCUCUAUCAAAGCAAAGGCUUUGAUCUUCCCAAAUGGGAAGGGCUAGUCGAGGAAGCAAAUGCUCUCCGCAAAGAAAUCAAGGCAGUAGCGAGCGAGUACGAUGUCGAUUGGGACGAAACUGUCGAUGAGCACGAUGCAAUCGUCACGGAAGAGCUGAAGAAGGAGCGCGAAGCCAAAGAAUCCAAAGGCGAUAGAAAGAAGGGAAAGAGAAAAGCAGAGAAGGAUGAUCACGAUGACUAGUUUCGGUUGUCUUUAUCCUUCUGCAUGUGAGCGACGGCGUAUCUAGGGUGGAAUAUUUGAUGCAUCUUAUUACCAUCGGUGUUUUUUUUUAGACACAGCAUUCUGUCAAUUCCUUUCCCUCUUUACACCAAUUUUCGCCAAAGAUUUACAGAUAAUGUUCUGGCUUAUUUGUUAUGGCAUUAAAGGAUCGGCGCCCAAGCUCUCAUUAUAAGAGGUCUAAUUGAGUUUCACUCUAACAUAGUUUAAAAGCGCAAGCGACUUUGAGUUUAAAAGCAAACCAUGAAAUUAUUGCAGUAGAUAAUUAUUAUUCAUAACCAGAAGUUCGCUACGGGAUAUCAGAGGUUUACCGACUAUAUAGACACCAGUGGACCACCUUUUAAACAAAAAAAGACCCCAAAAU